AUGUUUCUCGGGAUACCAGGUCUGAAUAAGUUCAUCUCAAGUGUUACCAUUUCGCAGCUUGAUGACUUGCCCGAUCGCUGCAAUUACUUUUAUACAGUAUUAGCAUUAUUGUUUUUCUCAUUGCUUACCGGCACUAAGCAGCAUUUCGGUGCGCCAAUUCGUUGCCUUGUUGAUCGGCAAUACUCGGGUUCUUGGGUUGGUUAUGUACAUGAUUACUGCUUCAUAUCGGAACGUUAUUCACUAACACCACCUGAAUAUGAAGCAGAGGAACUUGCUGUAUUCGACCCAACUCAUGAGAAAAAGUAUGAAAAUUAUUACCAGUGGGUGCCGUUUCUUUUGGCUGCUCAAGCAUUAGCUUUUUAUGUGCCGCAUUUUUUGUGGAGAUGGUUUCAAAAAUUAAGCAAUUUGGAUAUGGCGCUUGCAGUGGAUGAAUCAAUUCGAAUAUACAAUAUUUUCACAGACGAACGCAAUAAAGCUGUGAAAGAUUUGGUGCGAUAUCUUGAACAGUGUAUGGUUUAUCCAGUUCGUCGCUCUAUUGUUGUGAGCUUCACACGUAUUGCUCUUAUUGGGUGGUAUUCAUCGCUCGUUUAUGUGCUUCAAAAACUGUUGAAUAUUGCAAACACAAUCUUGCAGCUUUAUGUCGUCAACAUAUUUGUAGGUGAUGGAACAUUAUUUUGGGGAUAUCAGCUACUCAAAGAUCUUUGGACGGGCAAGGACUGGACGAUCACUGGACAUUUUCCUCGAGUGGUAUAUUGCGACUAUAUAAAACAUGAACUUGCCAAUGUACAGCGCAAAACAGUUCAGUGUGCGCUUGCAAUAAAUAUACUCAAUGAAAAGGCUUUCGUUUAUAAAGAAGAAUCAUUCGACGACAACUUCUCUGAUAAUGAUGAUGACUUUUGCGAAAACGAAUUAUCUGAGGAACAUCUCUCAAAUAUUGCAAGCGCUUCAUUUCAUUCUAGAAUUAGACGUCGUUUAUGUGCAAUAGCGGAGUGCGGCGAACAUGUUAACGUAGGGAAUAAAAAAACUCAAGAAUCUGAAGAACAGAAGCAAGCGAUGUUUUAUCGACGAUUGGUAUCAUUAGCAUGCAAAGACAAAGGGUUUCUGCAUAAUUUUAUUUGCGAAGUAAUACAUCCAGAUAGCUUUCUUCUGAUACAUUUCAUACAUUCUCAUGCGGGUGGAAUGGUUACAUCUGAUAUCGUAUUCGCACUUUGGACUGAUUAUGUAAAAGCAAAGGAGUCAAGAAAACAUAAAUAUCAACCGAAAGUUAUGCAUACCAUCACACCUGAUGCGCCACCCUGGGAAAAAAACAGUACGGUAUUGAAUGGUAACAGAUAUUUUAAUAUGGAUUCCCCAAAAACUGAUUCAGCAAUUAUAGAUGCUAGUUCUCCUUUGAAAUCAAAUGAGGAAUAUGCACAGGUGGUUGACUCUGUGAAUUUAUGCCCACCAGCAGUACGCUCGUAA